AUGAGCUCCCUAAACUACUCCCCUCCUGUUGAAGAAGAGGAGAAGAAGAGAAAGACGUUCAGAGUGAAAGAGAGGGAUGUUACAGUAAAAAAAGAGGAGGAUACAGUUUUUGGAGUGAAAGAGGAGGAGGGGGAGAAGACUGUCACAUUGGAGGAGGAGAUAGGAGAUCUGACUAACACCAGAGAGAGAUGUGACUAUCGUGGAUCCUCUGGGGAGCCUCAACAACAUCAUGAUGCUGAUGAGGCAGAGGAGAGUCUCUCUACAUCAGAACACCUCAAGAAACACCAGUGGAGACCCACAGGAAAGAAAUCUCACUGCUGCUCUGACUGUGGGAAACGUUGCAAAUAUUCAUCAGACCUUAAAAUACACCAGCGAGUACACACAGGAGAGAAAUCUCACCACUGUUCAGAUUGUGGGAAAAGCUUUUCAACAUCACAGAAUUUGAAGCUGCACCAGAGAACACACACAGGAGAGAAAUCAUUUAGUUGUAAUCAAUGUGGGAAGAGUUACUUAAGGUUAAAAUCACUAAAAGUACAUAUGAGAAUUCACACUGGAGAGAAACCUUACCGCUGUGAUCAAUGUGGAAAGAGUUUUGUUCAAUCUAGCGAUCUGACAGUACACCAGAGAACACACACAGGAGAGAAACCUUUUAGCUGUGAUCAAUGUGGGAAGACUUUUAUUGCAUCUAGCAAUCUGACUAUACACCAGCGGACACACACAGGGGAGAAGCCUUAUAGCUGUAAUCAAUGUGGGAAGAGUUUUAUUACAUCUAGCCAGCUGACUUCACACCAGCGUGUACACACAGGAGAGAAACUUUACCACUGUUCAAAUUGUGGGAAAAGCUUCUCAACAUCGCAGACUUUGAAGCUGCACCAGAAAACACACACAGGAGAGAAACCUUACAGCUGUGAUCAGUGUGGGAAGAGUUUUAUCACAUCUGGCAAUCUGACUAUACACGAGCGGACACACACAGGAGAGAAACCUUAUAGCUGUAAUCAAUGUGGGAAGAGUUUUAAUACAUCUAGUCAUCUGACUACACACCAGAGAGUACACACAGGAGACAAACCAUAUAGCUGUGAUGAAUGUGAGAAGAGUUAUACUGCAUCUAGCCAUCUGACCAGACACCAGCGAGUACACACAGGAGAGAAACCUUAUAGCUGUGAUCAAUGUGGGAAGAGUUUUACUGCAUCUAGUGAUCUGACUGUACACCAGAGAACACACACAGGAGAGAAACCUUACAGCUGUGAACAGUGUGAAAAGAGAUACUCUCGUAAAAGAUCUCUGAUCAAACAUCAGAAAAUACAUACAUGAAGGAGAUAUUUCAUGAUAUCAAUGAAAUAACAAUGUAGAAUGUUUUUAACAUUGUAGUAGAAGUAUUUUAAGGAAUUUCACACUGUAGAACCCUAAACGUUUGCCCCAUUCAAUUGAUUUCAGCAUGAUAUGUAUAUUAGCUUUGGGAAAAAUCCUGGCUCUGAAUUGAAAGAGUGAUUUAAUAAAAAGCGACUAACACAAAAAGAGCUGUGUUACACUUACCAUGUUGGUGACCCACUUGAAUCAAAAUGUAACACUUCAAAAUGUAGCUAGCUGCUUUCUGCAAAUUGUCCUCUAACCAGGGAUGUACACAUCAUUCCCAGAUUCCGUGUGGUUUUUGAGCUGUUAGUUUUAACAGGACGUGCAACCUCAUCUCCCUCCUCUCGCACAAUGGAUUUCAACACGAUAUCGAUGAAUGAUGACAAAUAAGUGUUGUGUACCUUUGUUUAGAGACGCCUAAAUGUAAAUGCAUCACUCCCAAAUUUA